AGGCCUCUGGACGUACGAUGAACGCAGCCAUACAUGUGGAGGGCAUGAAUUGUUGUGUGGCAUCGGCCGACCUCUAUUCACACCCUAUCGGACUCACUUUCAACCCCGCCGCUUCUUUUCUUCUUCUUCUUUCUUGAAAGGAGGAGGGGAGUCAACCCUGUCGAAGGCGCGUAACGGACCGCCUCAUCAACACCGAAACGCCGCGGCACCAGCGAUGAGUGAAACAGCCGUCUUCGACGGUGGCGUUCUUGUUGAAGGACGCAGUCGCACGGUCUCCACGUUUCUCGACUGCCUCCAUCCGUCCGUCUACAGAAGCAGCGACGGCGGCGCAGAGUCUGCAGGUGUGCGACGCUGCAUCGGCGUUAUCUCGACGCUCCUCACCAAUCACCGUCAGCAUCCCAACGACCCCCGCUACGCAUCAUUCUCUGCGGUGAGCAGUGCGUGGCAAGGCGGUGUUCUUCCGUGGGUGUACGUGUUGCGGCUUGUCGCGUGGAUGGGCUGCACACCGAACACCGAAGGCUCGCGGUACAUCUUUCAAGACUGCUCAUCCGCCGCAGAUCACCUGCGCGUGCUGGAUGAUUGUAUAGAGGAGCUGCGCUGCGUGAUGGCUGUGUGGUGUACACCCGUAUCCUCGUUAGCCACCUCCACUGACCAGGAAGCCUUCAAGGAAGAGAGUUCUGGCCGUGGUGGUAUGACAGCGGCUUUUUCAAUACAGGAGCGGACCGAGUGUUUCGAGGCAGCUCGUGCAUCUCUAACUGAAAAGUACACCAUCGAAGCAAUGAUCUCCCCGCCUACGGAGCGAGAGGAAGCAUUCCGUAGCUGCACGAGUGCGCUGCAGCUAAAAUUGCUGAGUCUUGCGUCAUGUGCCAUGGCGAACAGCACAGGGACACAGCGGGGCGUUCGCGCCGCAAGACCACCGCUACUCUCGACAAAGUCCACCCCAGUCGACGCGUGUCUGAGGAGGGACUCGAUUCAGUGGCUCCUGCAACACACAUCACUUUGUGAGCUGACACAAGAGUGUCAACGGGCUGCCGCACUGGUAGCAGCAGCGGCAGCGGCCUCCGGUACAACAAGUUAUUUUCUCCCUGACCCCCGCGGCUCCGCCUCCUUGUCCGUUGCCCGGCCCUCUUCUGCCAUGGUACAACGUCUGCGCAACAGGGCACGAGAGGAGCAGCACCAGCGGUACCUCAACACCACCGGCCCAGCCUAUCGUGCGCUCACCCAAGAAGAGCGGCAUCGCGGUGAAAGCGCUGUCAUUGACAUUGCCGGUGUGCUGGAACAGAUCGCCGUGGUGACGGAAACGCAAGGGAUGGUGCGCGCGGACCGUCAAGAAGCCCGGCGACUGCUCGAUGCUUUCAAGCAGGACGGUGACCUCGCGAAGCUGUACGCCUUGCAAGAGCAGUACACAGCGGCGCUGGAGGAGGCGAAGAAAAGCUACGGCAAGCCACUCGUGUACGGCGAGUACGAAUCAUUGGCGCCUUGA